GUCCCAUCAAUGGCACCACGCCUACUCAAUCAGCCGUCCUAGCAUGUCGAGACGGCGAGGAGCUCAGACGGCGCUAGAAUACGCCUGUGGGAGUGCUGCUCAGCGCCCGCCUGGCCCAUCAAUACCUCAUACCCACGCAUACAGCCUGGCGACAGCAGCACCUCCUUCUACUUCCAAGGUUCGGAUUCCAGCAUCUCCAUCAUACGACCUCUUCUACCUCGCUGCCUUGUCGUCUCUCAGCAGGCUCGGAGGUGCUCGAAGAUCUCAGUCUACGCGGCGAGUUCAGACUUCCAAUCUCGAGCUGCAUCCGACUCCCAUCGACUAUUCCAUCUUCGAAGACCCAGGGGAGGACAGCUACACAGCCAAGGCGGCUGAGGUGCAGGACCCUUCUUCAUCAUCUACGCCGGCUUCUUUAGCAGCGUACGCAGCUCCGUCUCCCUCACAAGUAGUCGAAGGCAUCCUGCGCUCAGACGGCUCCUCCUUCAUCACCGACGCCAAGCUCACUGAAGCAACAGCUACGCUUCGUCAAUUCGAAGCAUUACACGGCAGCGACGGCGCAUCAUCAUCAUCAUCAGGAAGCAUGGGCACUCCUUCCCACCUUUACCUCGAUGCAGCCUACGUAGCUUUCACCAAGGGCCGGCCAGCUGAUGCCCUCCACUGGAUCAGAUGCGGGCCGCCCUACUCUAACCAUGCUCAGGAGCAGGAGCUGACUGAUCCGCAACUCAAGUCGUCCCACCAGGCAGUAUCCAAGAUCCUUCUCCUGCUCAGCGAGCGUGCAACACGCAAUCCCGCUCCACUGAGACAGGCUCUUAUCGUUCUCGUUGCCAAAGGGUGGCAUGCCUCGGCCGACAUCGGGAAAAGGAUGAUAUUGGCUCUCAAGGAUGCUUUGCACGUUUUGCCUGUUGAGAGAGGCCAGGCGAGGAAACUUUGCACGCAGAUGACAGCUGCUGACAACGAUCGGCGAGCACAGCUGGACGCAAAGUCUUUGUCGCCCGAGGUGGAGCAGAAGUGCCGUGAGUUCCUCACGCAAGCCCUCAAUGCUAUCGUGCGACAUCUCACCUUGGUCGGCAGGUACGAGGAGGCCAUCGAGAUGGUGGAUGAGUCCAUUGCGAUUGGCACGGCGCAAAAUACGGUCACACCAGACCUUCCAAUUCGGGGCUUUACCUACAAGCUCUUCGUCCGCAGGCUCAUCGACAGCGGUGUGACGGAGAACGUCUUUGCAGCGUAUCGUAUUCAAGCGGCUUUACAGCAGCUGGCCGAAGAGCUAGGCAACGCAGGCGAUGCUGUGCUGGAGCAACCUCAGGCAUCGACACCAGCAUCACAGCGACCCACGCGCUGGUCUUCACGCCAAGCCUCUCGUCUCUUCGAAGAAGGCUCUCAGCUUCUCAACGCCGCACCCAUGGAUCCCACGCAGUUGGCCUCCUCCUUUACUUCUUCGAAGCACGAACAGCUGAAAGGGUAUCACAGCGAAGAAGCUAUCUUCUCGGAUCUGGAAGCAGGCAGGAUCGGUAGGGCGAGAAGGCUGAUGAUGUCGAAUCUGCGCAAGGGAAGGAGAACGUACUGGAGAGCGUCUGGUGGACACCAAAGCACCCAGAAGCUCUCAGAGUUUGCUCAUCUACCCAGCGCUAGGCUGCUCGCACGAUAUCAAGAAGCCAGUCUGGCUGCGCAGGCGUCAGCGGCAUCUUCCACCUCUUCGGCAAGCGCAGCCGCAGAUUCCUCGCCGCCCAGGUCCGCUUGGCUCUGCGAAGACGUCGACUUCGAAUCGGCCCUUGAUGCCUCACGCGGAGGCAAAUGUCUCUGGCAGACUGCCCAUCUCUACCGCUUGUACCGCUCACGGCAUCUCAUCGAAGCGCUGCGCUACUAUCGUGCUACGUGUCACCCUACCCCAGACCUGCCCGAGGAGCUCUUCGAGAUUGCGCUGCAGAGUCAGCAACCGGACGCAGCCGAUGAGCGUCCUCCCGCGCCUGCGGACAGGAAGCUCCUCUGGCCCUCCUGGCACGCUGCAAACUUAACACUGCGCUGCAUUGUCGACCUGAUCCGCGCGCCUGCUUCGGGAAAAGCCUCUGAGCGGGACCAUCCUGAGGAGCGCCGUGUCCUUAUCGACGCAACGCUGCAGCGCUUACAGCGGGCGUACGAGACUUGGCGAGAAAGCGUGGCGAGGGAGGCGUUGCAGGCGCAACGAGUCUCCAGGAGGGAGCGAGUGCACGAGAUGGUGAGGAAGGGCAGCUGGGAACCGUCGAUGUCCGGGAGGCAAGUCGACUCGUACAGCUUCGACCCAUGGCUCUCCGCCCUUGCUGCGGAGCGCCACAAAUUGGACGGGGUGACCCUCUGGCGCAGUCAGGAGAAUAGAUCGCACCUCAAAGAUGCAGACGCUCCAGUCGCAGAGGACCACUCGCGACCUCCGUGGCCUACGAGGGACGCCGCAUCCGAAGUGGGGGCACUGCGCAUUUUUGAUGGGAUGGCAAAGCGACAGAUGUUGGUGUCCACGGCCUCCCAUCGAGCUUUGAGGGUGCUCGAGGAUAUGCAGGAUCUAGGUGUCGAGCCGAGUAUAGCCACGUAUACUAUCCUGCUCGAUACGCUGGGGAGAGACGCUGGUGCAAGCUAUGCAGGGGAUAGCAAUGCGGCAUGGCAGCUUGUGCUUCAUUUGGCGCAGAAGCUUGGGCUGGCUCCUCCUGCAAAAGGCGGGGCAGCGGAGGCGAGAACGGCAACUGGCCUUCCGUCAGCUACUCUCCCCACAUACUCGGCACUGCUUCACUCCCUCCUCUCCAGAGUGCCAGAGCAACGCAGACGCUCUCGCGCGACCGUCAAAGCCGGAGCUGCCGAUACUGCUUCUACCCCGCCGCACCUGGAGAAGGCCCUCAUUGUACAAGGCUGGCUCGCCGAAGCCGUACAGCGAGCCUCUGAAGCUUUGACCACCGAAGAGCGUGACGCUGGCAAUGAGACUGCUACUACUGGCUCGUCGUCGCUGUGCGCGAUCCCACAGGCGGAUGUGGCUGCCAACCAGCGUGUUAUGGCCCUGCUGAGGAGCGUGGCGGAGGCUGUUGAGCAGGCGGAACAACGGGAGGCGCGAGAUUACGAGGAGGGCGAUGCAGAUGUGCUUCUUCAAAGCGAUCGCCGGAAUGAGGAGGUCGAUGUGAACGGUGAAUGGGAAGCUCAGGAGCAUCGGCGACAUCAGGAGCAGGAAGAGUUUGAUGAGGGCGCGUACUAUCACUGGGAUGAUGCGAGGUCAGAUCACCGCUACGACAGCGAGCGACGCUGGUGAGCGCUAGGGCAUCAUCCCGGUCAGGCUGGCAGAACAUGGAAAUGCGUCUCAACAUGUACAAUUAAGCAAAGCCAAAGAGAGGUGGCGAACGAACGAGCGAGCGAGCGAGCGCAAUACAGUAGCUACAGAGGUUUCAGCCGGCUCUUGUCCCCAUCUUCUCUGGUAUUGUGCUUCUCAAUAGAUGAGAUACCCAAUGUUCAGCAAAGGGAAGCCGGCCAUUAACCCAAUCCAAAAGAUCAAGUUCCCCAGCGUCUCAUUGUCCCUAAUGAUCGGCACUUUACUCAGCAGGAUCAACGGCAGUUGACUCAUCUGCGCCGCAAAGAGAUACCCUCUAAUCUUGCCACUUACGAUGGCCAUGACCAGCUCGUGCAAGAAGGCAGAGAGGAGGAAAGUGGUCAACAUGGCGAGCGUCUUGCUCAUUCCCAGUCCGGCGAUGCUAGAGGCAUAGACGUGCUUGAGUAAGAAGGAGUGCACAGGCUUGUUCCACU